GCCAGGGGAGACAGCCUCUGGGAGGCGGAAGGAACGCAGGCCAGAUCGUGCGGAGGCGAAGCGCUGGAACCAUGGCGGCUGCGGCGGCCUCGGGGCCCGGGUAUCGGGUCUGGUGCUUGUGUCCCGAGGUGCCAUCCGCCACCUUCUUCACGGCGCUGCUCUCGCUGCUGGUGUCCGGGCCCCGCCUGUUCCUGCUGCAGCCGCCGCUGGCUCCCUCGGGCCUCUCGCUGCGGUCGGAGGCCCUGCGCAACUGGCAAGUUUACAGGCUGGUGACCUACAUCUUUGUCUAUGAGAAUCCUGUCUCCCUGCUCUGCGGUGCUAUCAUCAUCUGGCGCUUUGCUGGCAAUUUUGAGAGAAGCGUGGGCACCGUCCGCCAUUGCUUCUUCACCUUGGUCUUCGCCGUCUUCUCUGCUAUCAUCUUCCUGUCGUUUGAGACCGUGACAACACUGUCGAAGCUGGGGGAGGUGGAGGAUGCCAGAGGUUUCACCCCGGUAGCUUUCGCCAUGCUGGGGGUCAGCUCCGUCCGCUCCCGGAUGAGACGGGCACUGGUGUUUGGUGUGGUUGUGCCCUCGGUGCUGGUGCCGUGGCUCCUGCUGGGCGCUUCCUGGCUCAUUCCGCAGACCUCUUUCCUCAGUAAUGUCUGUGGACUUGCGAUUGGGAUAACAUAUGGCCUCACUUACUGCUAUUCCAUCGACCUCUCAGAGCGGGUGGCCCUGAAGCUCGACCAGAAGUUCCCCUUCAGCCUGAUGAGGAGGAUAUCGGUGUUCAAGUACAUCUCAGGAUCCUCGGCCGAAAGAAGGGCAGCCCAGAGUCGGAAGCUGAAUCCUGUGCCCGGCUCCUACCCCACGCAGAGCUGCCACUCUCACCUGUCUCCAGGCCACCCUGUCACCCAGAUGCAGCACGCCAAUAGCCAGAAAGGAGCCCCUUGCCCGAGCUCCGCCCCCGGGCACAUGCCCACCCUGCCUCCCUACCAGCCUGCCUCUGGCCUGUGUUAUGUUCAGAACCAUUUUGGUUCAACCCCUAACUCCUCAGCUUCUGCAGGUACCUCCCUAGGGGUCCAGCCCCCUGCCCCCCUCGGCUGCCCUGGGUCAGUGUAUUCUGGGGCUCUGGGCUCUCCAGGGGCUGCCGGCACCAAGGAGUGCUCAAGGGUCCCGAUGCCUUGACAGGAUUUCUAGGGAAGCUGCCUCACGUCUCAGCCUUCUGAAAAAGGUCUUCUCUGAGCUCAGACUUUCCUGACAAGAAUAUAUAUAUAUAUUUACUGAACACCUAGAUGUGCCAGGCUCGUGCUGAGUCCCCUAUUUUCAUCUCGUGUAUCCUUAUGACAACUUUGUGAGGUACAGUUUAUCAUCCCCAGUUUACAGAUGAUGAAAGUGAAGUAUUAUGUGGUAACAUAGCUCUUAGUGGCAGAGCCAGGGUUCCUGACCCCAGGUCUGAGCUCCUGCCACCUGCCGAGCUGUCUCCCAGAGAGCACCUGGGGGAAGAGCCCGUUGGACGUCAGUGGCCCCCAGUGGCUGGCUGCAGCCCUGCCUUUCUUCCUGUCAUCGUAUGCAGUGCUUGGUUAUUUAGUGUCCGUGUGUCUGUGUCUGUCCUUUGGGAGCUCCCAGUGGUGUGCUUGGCAGUCCCCCAGCUUGUGUAGUAUAUUGUCAGGAUUCUCCCUGCAGGCAGCCCCACCCCCAGACUUUCCAGCCCAGGAGCGGUGAGACGGCCGGUGGGGCCUGCUGCAGCCUGCCGAUGGGCCCAUGGUGUUGAUUACCUUUGUAUAAAGAAACACCUCAAUCCUG